ACCCCUGUCUUCCCCCGUACACGCUUGGCAAGGCUACGUAUGCCGAAUCAAUGCAAUCCAAUCCGUUGCUGGAGAGCUUCCAUUUGUCGUGGGAUGAGGCAAGCUUCCAGUUUCCGUGGCAUAAACUCGACGACCCCGAGUUUGCGCCCCUCAAUUCCAAUUCCCCGCCCACGACUAGUGGCUGUCUAAGAGCGGGAUCAUUCUGCCCACCAUGCGGUCGUUCCUUUCGCUUUUCGUCUUUCUGUUUGCGGCCGCAGUGUCGGCCAUCAGCACCUCGGGCAACAGGUUGCUGGUGAUCCUGGACGAUGUUGCCGACAAGGAGAACUACUCCCAAUUCCUCGGGGAUCUAGAGAGCAGAGGAUUCCAGAUCUCCUUCGAGAACCCCAAGAGCGAGUCCCUGGCUCUGUUCCACCUCGGCGAACGGAGUUAUGACCAUGUCAUCCUCUUCCCGACUCGGUCAAAGGGUCUCGGCCCCAACCUGACACCCAACAUCCUCGUCGACUUCAUGAACGCCGACGGCAACGUCCUCGUGACCCUCAGCUCCGGCGUCUCCGCCCCCAGCUCGCUCGUCUCCCUGCUCUCCGAGCUCGAUAUCCAGCUCCCCACCGACCGCACCGGCUUGGUCGUCGACCACUUCAACUACGACACCACGAGCGCAGCCGACAAGCACGACGUGCUCGUCCUCCCGCGACCUAGCCCCAUCCGCCCAGACGUGAAGGACUACUUCGGCGAAGGUAUCGGCAAAGACGCGGUUCUCGCCUUCCCCCGGGGCGUCGGCGCCGCCCUCGGCGCUAGCGAGCUCCUCACCCCGAUAAUCCGCGCCCCGCGCACCGCCUACAGCUACAACCCCAAGGAGCAGACCGAGGUGGUGGACGACCUCUUCGCGGCCGGCGAGCAGCUGUCGCUCGUCUCCGCCUUCCAGGCGCGCAACUCGGCUCGCUUCACGCUUGUCGGCUCGGCCGAGAUGCUGCAGGACAAGUGGUUCGACGCCGAGGUCAGCCAGGCGGAUGGCAAGAAGGCCACCAAGACCUUCAACCGCGAGUUUGCAAAGCGCGUCAGCGGGUGGACGUUCAAUGAGAUUGGCGUGGUGCGAGUCAACUGGAUCGAGCACCACCUUGACGAGGCGGGGGCGACGAACGAGUCCAACCCCGGCAUCUACCGCAUCAAGAACGAUGUCAAAUACACCAUCUCCCUCUCCGAAUACAGCUGGACGACCUGGACCCCCUUCACCGUGCCCACCGACGACGCACUCCAGCUCGAGUUCUCGAUGCUCUCCCCCUUCCACCGUCUCGCCCUACAGGCAGACGCCGCCCACGGCUCGGACUCGGCAGCCGCGUACAGCGCGACCUUCAAGCUGCCGGACCAGCACGGCAUCUUCAACUUCAAGAUCAACCACAAGCGGCCGCUGCUGUCCAACGUCGAGGAGAAGAACACGGUGUCGGUGCGCCACAUGGCCCACGACGAGUGGCCGCGCAGCUUCGUCAUCACGGGCGCCUGGCCCUGGAUCGCUGGUGUCGGCGUCACCGUUGCCGGCUGGGUCGGCUUCUGCGCCCUGUGGAUGUACAGCGCGCCCGUGGAUGGCAAGGGGGGUGUGAAGAAGACGCAGUGAGGGGGCUUGGGAAUGUGAGGUGUGGAGUGGAGAGUGUAUGUUGGGCGGGUAUAGAUGGAGGUAUCUGCUUGUGCUUUUUCUGUUGUUGUUUUGUCCUGUAUACAAGAUACACCGUACCGGAUGCAAGGCGUAAAAUCUAGGUUCUCCCAAAAGCUAUGAAUACACGGAUGGCCACGAACUUGUUC